AUGAAUUACAAACCUUUCGAAGAAGAAAAAUUCAAACGAAUAAAUAAAAAAUUAAAUUUUCAACGAUGGUUCUAUUCAAUAAUAGGAAUUAUAACUAUUUCUAUAAUAAUUCUUCUAACUCUUGGACAAAUCCAAGAUAUGAAAAAAGAAAACUAUGAAUUUGCAAUUUGUCUUUUACUUAUUGUUCAUUCAGUUUUUGUAAUUAUUUCUAUUCUUUCAACAGCUAUUUUCUGUCGUAUUACUAAUGCUGUCUUAACAACUUUAACCAUUAUACUUCUAUGUACUUAUACUGGCGUUCAUUUUUAUAUUCGAUUUUCAUUAUGUCCUAAUCAUCCGAAUGAAGAUUUUCAUUUGAUAACGGUUCGAUUAGGUUUUAUAUUAACUUUAUUAAUCUUAUUACUUCCAUGGACGAAUAUUAUGGUUCAUGAAUACCAAAUGAAUAAUCUACCAGACAAAGAAAUGAUAAAUCCAAGAUCAACAACAUUUUCUUGGUUUUUAUAUCUUGAUUUUAUGUUAAUAAGUUCUUUAUUAAUAUUAAGCAUUCGUAAUCAAUCAGAUUUUGGUCUAUAUGAAAUUCUCUUAUUAUCAAUUGGAAUACCUCUUACUUUAUUAUGGUUAUAUACAGGAAUGUUUAUGGCUAUUUCUGAAUAUAAUAUGCUAUCAAAAAUCAAUGAAUCAACAUUAUUUCCUUUACUUAUUCUAAUAUUUAUUUGUAGUGGUACGAAUAUGGUUAUUCAUACACUAACAGUCAUAAUUAGUUUUAUUUUAAUUGGUAUAUAA